AUUGCUUGGUUGCCUAGGACCACAGUCUUCUGCCUGGUCGUCCCUCUCUGCGGCUCAUCUGUUCGGGCAGCCUCGACCCCGCAGCUUGGCGACGCGGUUCCGGAGGGGGACCAGAGUGCUCCCGCGCGGUCAGGGGCCGGUGGCACCGCCGUCCACCUCGGAGGAUCAUGCUGCGAGGCAAGUCCCGGCUCAACGUGGGGUGGCUUGGCUACUCGCCCGGCCUGCUCCUCGAGCACAGACAGCUCUUCACGGAGCGCGCGCCGCGGCGCCCUAGCCGAAAUGAAAGUUCAUUAGCAUCUACCCUGAAGACGCUCCUGUUCUUCACAGCUUUAAUGAUCACAGUACCUAUUGGGCUAUAUUUCACGACUAAAUCUUAUGUUUUUGAAGGCGCCUUUGGAAUGUCCAAUAGGGACAGCUAUUUUUAUGCUGCUAUUGUUGCGGUGGUCGCCGUCCACGUGGUGUUGGCCCUCUUUGUUUAUGUGGCCUGGAAUGAAGGCUCACGACAGUGGCGUGAAGGCAAACAGGAUUAAAUUGAACAUCACCUUUUGAUAGCAUUAAAUGGAUUUUUAAAAAUGGUAAAUGUGUCUGGGGUAUUAAUAAUUUCAAUAAAGUUGAGAACAUGUUAAAAUCAA